AGUUCAACAGGACGAGCCUCCUCUGGUGGACGCAUCAGCAUCGGCGACAGCCAUGUUGCCUCUCCAGAAGAUGUGGGAACCAUGGUGGUGCAGCAUCGUGAUGCAUCCUUUCCAGAGAUGCCCUUUACACGGCGGGCUGGAAGCGGUGGCGGACGAAGGUCAACGCCGGCUAGAGUUCACGGGUGUAAGGAUGUCAACAGCAGUUUUUCAUUUGAGCUUCCACCUGAAAUUCGUCUGUCAAGACUUAAGAAAGGGGAGAGGAUUCAACCACGAACUUCUGCGGAGAUGCAGGAGGUGAUGGAUGUGGACUCCCCUCCACUAAAGAAGGAACGGAAAGAGGCGCGCGGCGGGGGACAGGAGAAAGCUACGCCUCCUUACAAAGUGAAUGAAAGUGGGAAUAUUGUUGGCAUAGCCGCUCAGCACCGAGCCGCGAGAGAAGCUAGUCUUCAACAACAGCAGAAACAACAAGGACAAGGUGUCAUUGUUAUUAGAGCCGACGCGGCCGCCAAACCACCAGAGAUGUCUCGACAACCCCAGGUACCGCGAAGUGUUUCGUCCAGCCGCUCUGCAGGGGCGGUGUCGUCGGCCGCAACGAACGUGGCCCCCAAACCAAUUGAACCUCACUUGGCAAAAGUCACGCGAACAGCUGUCCCUACUCCCACUCCCACAAAUACUACGGCCCCUGCUGCUCCAAUGCCAAACAUGCCAAAGAAGGGACGUCAGCCCUCUGCGGGUGGCAUGGUGACGCUGCAUGGUGGGCCCCCGUUACCCCGUAGAGGGCCGGGCAUGCCACAGAACACACCAUACUUGGUGCCCCAAGCCGUUCCACCGCCGAAUUUUCCCGUACCGCGUCAGCCAUCCCAUCCGUUGGUGCAAUCUGGCGUCGAAGCACGCCAAGUUGUUGGCGGUCAUCGUGUUUCUGGAGGUAACAAUGCAUUUUUGGCACUUCCUCGUGAAGAACAGAAUAGACAGCGGUUUGUUGACGACUUCCUUAGUGGUGGAUGGGUUCGUUUCUACUCCUUCACCAAUGAAGAGACGGUAGUGAUGUAUUACUGCGCACAGCCCGGUAGAUAUGGCGCCAUGUUUCCAACAGAAGCCGGUGUGGGCACGGCAGUAGUGGAUGUUCACUCUAGACUGGUGUUGUACGUACCAUGCAUGAACAACGAGAGCACAAACCGCAGUCAACCACACCCACAUGUGCAGACUUUUUACGAUGAGGAUGUAAGACUACUCAGCGUCUCCGAGGCACAACGACAUCUUGGCGGUGUUCUAGAAAGUAUCAUGGGUUUCGUGAAUGAAGUGGCACGACUUCGGGCGGAGGGAUUGACGCCGGCGGCCGUUCACGCAGCAUAUAUUCAUCAACGUGAUAAAAGCUCCGUGCCAAAGGACACAAAGUUUGUCUAUGUAAGAAAGGUCUUUCCAGACCCUUCCGGCUCCUUCACACUCUUUCGGCUCUCUAACCUCCGCUCACAGGUAGUAUGCAACACGCUCAUGGAUAUUCGCUGGCAAAGUGACAGAAGACACAACGUUGGGCAAAAGUACUACGUUCUCGCAGACGGUACGGCAGAACCGUUCGUUGUGGAUCAUACCGGAAUUCUUACGCAAGUGGAGACGGUACUGAGCAACAAUUUCCGUCGAUGA